CAUCACACAGGGUGGGGUGUCAGCACUGAUGGAAGCAGCCUGGCAGGGUGAGACUGAUGUUGUGGUGGAGUUGGUGAAGGGAGGAGCCAAUUUGGACCUACAGGAAAAAAAUGGAGACUCUGCAGUCAUCAGUGCUGUAGUGGAAUAUAAACCAGCCACUCUGAGGGAGCUGGUGAGGGCAGGGAGUGACCUCAACCUCCAGAACCAGGAGGGGCUCACUGCCCUAAUGAUAGCUGCCAGGAGUGGGAGAACUGACAUUACUAACAUUCUACUGGAGGGAGAACACAUCAACCUGGACAUUCAGGAGAAUGGCACAGGAUGGUCAGCUCUCCACUUCUCUGCUGAGAGAGGAGACUGGGAUACCACACAAGCACUCCUGGAGGCAGGAGCCAGUCCUCACCUCAAAGACAAGAAUGGACUGACAGCUAUGGAGAUUGCUGAGGUCAAGGCUGAGGAAGGAGAGGAAGGGAGGCCUUAUGACGAAUACAGGGAAGAGAGACCUCAGUAUAACUAUGAGGGAGUGAUUAGUCUUCUGAGGGAACAUUGCCAAGAAGAACCAACUGCCACAACCAGUCAUCAUGUGUCGAUCCGUUUGUGAGCAUUGUGCAUGUGUGUAUACUAAACUAUGCAGGAUGAUUGCCAUGUCAUGUGCCAAAAUUCACUGUGUUCUGUAGGAGUCCUCAGACUGUGGCCAUGACAGUGCUCCUCCCACUCAACACAGACAGCUCUACUGUUGAUCAGGACACUCCUCCCACUCAACAGGACAUCAUAGACACCACCCAGAUCACCUCUCAUCAGAGAAGAGGAAGAAGAAACAUAUCUCAGGCUCUGAGGAACCUGGUGAACAGGUCAGGACAGAUAGCAGUCCAGAUCUUCAAUGACCUGGACAGACGUCUCAAGUCAGCUGACAAGAAAGACCAGCCAGGGCUCAGAGCAGAGGGUAGGGGUCAGGGAAGAGAGGGGAAACAGAAAAUGGACAAUAGAAAGAGCUGUUCUGGAAACCAGACACCCUCCACUACUACUAGUACUGUCAAGUAGAUAUGUGUCCAUUAUCAUAUUUCCACUUUUUCCCAAUAUUAAUUUAAGUGUAGCAUUAUUAUGCAUUAUUUUGCUUUAUCAAAAAUACAUUUUGUCAAUCAACAUCUACAAUAUCUACAACCCUGCACUGUUUUCCAUUCUCUGAGUUACCAUUGACUGCUGGAUAAAAAACGGACCCAGC